UAAUUUUCUAUGUCUUAUCAAAUGUAAUGCUAAAACAAUGUGCUAUAAGAAAAACUAUUAUAGUAACAUUUAAAAAAUUCUGUAGUUUAAUUUCUGUAUAAUUUAUUUGAUGAAAUUUUCUUCUCUAAACCAAUUUCGACAGCUCCCGUAAGGUUCGUAUCCGACGGUUGAGAUCAAACCACGACAUUAAAAGACUAAAAUCACGCGUAAACGAGCUGAUGAAUUAGUAGGGGUAAAAUAGUCAUCUGACCGGCAUAAUUUAUUAAUCCGUACACGAGGGGGCAGAAGACUAAUUACUCAGCUCAGUUGAUUUAAUUUUAAUUUAUUUAUUUAAAUCCCAGCUUUAUUUUCUAGUUUUCACAUUGAAACAUUGUGAGAGAAAAAAGGCAAAGACAAAAAAAGGCAAAGAUCCGAAAAAUUUCCCACGAAAAUCUCAGAUUCUGGGAAAAGAAAAGGAAAAUUAAGAAGAUCGGUUUUUUCAGUUUUAACAUUUGUCUCUUUUUUUCUCGUUUGAUCUUUCAUCGGAGAAAAGGAACAAAUCUAUUUCCUUAUUUUAAUAAUCGCAGAUUUUUUUCUCUUUUAUAUUAGAUCAUUGUGGUCAUCGUUCUCUACUCAACACACACUCUGUAUAAGAGACGAAGAAGAGGUUUUUUUUUUAUCUUUGUGGUGUUUGUGUUAUAACGAGCCAUGUCGUCAGAAACUCAGAACUCAACUGGGUCGGUUCGAUCUUCCGACAAAAUUGAAGAAGAUACCUUGAAAGUUAAUGAAGAGAACAUGGAGCAAACAAGUCCGUAUCCUGAUCGUCCCGGUGAGCGAGAUUGCCAGUUCUUUCUGAGAACUGGGCAGUGUGGCUAUGGAAACAGCUGUCGAUUCAAUCAUCCUCUUACUCAUCUUCCACAGGCUGUCUUAUAUCACAGAGACGAACUGCCUGAGAGGAUUGGAGAACCAGACUGUGAGUACUUUCUGAAGACAGGAGCCUGUAAGUAUGGCUCCACCUGCAAAUUUCACCACCCAAAAGACAGGAAUGGUGCUGAGCCCGUGCUGUUUAAUGUUCUAGGUUAUCCCAUGCGACAGGGUGAGAAGUCAUGCCCAUAUUACGUGCAGACAGGAAUGUGUAGAUUCGGAGUCGCCUGCAAAUUCCAUCAUCCUCAUCCUCAGCCUCAUAAUAAUAAUGGCCACUCUACUACUUAUGGAAUGCCUACCUUUCCUUACGGGAUGAUGUCUUUGCCUCCUGCAACAUAUGGAGUUAUGCCACCUCCUCAAGUUCCUUACCCUCAGACCUAUAUGCCCUUCAUAUUUGCACCUCCUCAAGGCUGGUCGCCUUACAUGGCUGGAUAUAACUCUGUUCACAAUAAUGUGAAAACUCAGCCUGACUCCAGUUCUGAAAGAGCUGAGUGUAGGUUUUUUAUGAGCACCGGAACGUGUAAAUACGGAGAUGACUGCAAAUACAGUCAUCCCAAUCUCACACACCCUAUUGUCGUUCUUCCAGCUAGACCAGGACAACCUGCAUGUGGUAACUUCAAGGCCUACGGUUUCUGCAAGUAUGGAUCAAAUUGCAAGUAUGAUCAUCCAAUGCCACUAAACCCUUACAAUAUGACCAUGCCUUCUCUGCCUACUGUUUCAACUCAUCCGAGGAGAUCACCACCGCCAAGCCGCUCUGACUCAACUGCCAUCUCCAAUGGUGAUAAACCUGCUGCAGAGAAUCACAGCUCAGAGAUUGAGAAACAAGAGAACUCUGAAGGGCAGGGCUCAUCACAACUAGGCCAUUCUGAUUCAACUGCCAUCUCUAAUGGUAAUAAACCUGCUGCGGAGAGUGACAGCUCAGAGAUUGGGAAACAAGAAGAUGUCUCGGACAAGUCUGAAGUGCAGGACUCAUCACAAAUUAGCCGCUCUGAACUAACUGUCAUCUCCAAUGGUGAUAAACCUGCUACACAGGUUGAGAAACAAGACGAGGAUAUCUCGGACAAGUCAGAACUGCAAGACUCAUCAAAACUAAGCCAAUCUGAUUCAACAGCUUUGUCCAACGGUAAAACUGAUGCAGAGAGUCCAAGUUCAGAGACUAAGAAACAGGACGAUAAUCCUUCACAACCGGACAACUGAGGAAAGCAGGACUCAUCUGGUAAUGCUUCAUGAUCAUGAUCUCAGAACCAAUAAUCAUCAUCACAAUGCUGGUUUCUAACAGUCUCAAAUGAUCUCUCUCUGCCCUUUUUGUUAAUUUUUUUGGAAGGAGGGCUUGGACAUGUUCUUUCUUUUUACUCUCUCUCUCUCUCUCUCUCUUUUUUCUUUUUUUUUGGUUUUAAAGACUGCCAUUGCUGAAACACAAUAGGAAAUUGAACAGUGUUUUUAAUUGGUUAAUAAAACUUCACUUCAACUAGCAA